AUGGGGUCAGCUGUGGGGCAAGCGGCGCAGCCCCCCGAGAUGGCACCGUACGUCCGGACUCGAACCCUCAUAGAAGGGAAAGAAGAAGCAUUAGCUUGGACGGAAUUAGAACCCGUCCCGCUGAGGUUUCAAAUACGCGAGAUAGGAGAAGUGAAGCUGAUUCUCCAGAACGAAAAGUUAUCCAGUGUUGAAUUGGAGGUCAUUAAAAAAAGCAUAAGGCCUCACACGAUUAUCACCUCGGAGAACACAGACGCCGAAACCGAGGAAACCCAUGCAGAGACCAAAAUCGAACCAACCCCUCAGUGGAACAAAACGGCGCAAGUCUUCAUGAAAAAUAUGAGGAUGUAUGAAAAGGUAUCUCCGCAAGAUAGACCAAGAAUUCCAAGACUCAAGGGCUCACGAAGAAUCCUAGAAUGCGUUGAAAGAAAAAACUCAUCUAGUAUUCAAGAUCACUCCAGUAUUGAAGAUCUGAUCGACUGUGUAUACGCAGGGGCGAUUACAGUUUGUGAGGAGAAUGGAGUUCGUCUGUUCGAUAAAGAAUUUAAGCCGAAAGAAGAAAAUAUCCCACCUUGGAGGACGCGUCUGGAAAGAAAAAUUAAUAAUAUUAGAAAAACAAUAGGUACACCAACCAGGAAAAUGGUUAAACGAGUAUCACGCAUAGCCUCACAACAUCAUAUUAAGUCUCACAACGAACAACUCAGGCAGAAGCUUAUAAUACUAUCUGAUACUCUGAAACAAAAAAUAAAGUCUUUGGGAAAUCGUAUCAGGCGAUAUAAUGAAAGGGUUAAAAGAUACAAAAAUAAUCAACUCUUUUACAAGAAUCCCAAACAAUUCUAUCGCACACUCGAGGGAACUUCCUCAGACAACAAAACUUACCCAACACCAGAAAGUAUACAUACAACAUGGAAAGAAAUAUGGAGUUACUCGGGAGAUCAUGAUGAUGAGGCGUUUUGGAUUAAGGAAGCAGAAGCUGAAUCUAAUAAAUAUGUUAUGGAACAAAUAAUCAUAACUGAUCAAGACAUAAAAACCGUUCUGAAAAAAACAAACAACUGGUCUGCACCGGGGCCUGACGGGAUCCAUAAUUACUGGUGGAAAUAUUUCGAUUCGACGCAUAAUCACCUGGCGAAGCUCUUCCAAGAAGCUUUAAAAAACCCAUCAAUAAUACCUGAAUCAUGCACACUUGGAAUCACGCAUAUGCUUCCAAAAGGAACAAACAAUGAAGAUCCCAAAAACUACCGACCAAUCACGUGCCUCCCGACGAUAUAUAAGAUACUUACGGGAAUACUAACACAAAAACUGUGGAGACAUGUUGGCAGGUACAAUAUUAUGGCACGUGAGCAGAACGGCUGUCGAAAGAAUGCUAAAGGAUGUAAGGAACUACUGAUCAUCGACACUAUCAUAAAAAAGCAAGCAAAAAAGAAACAGCGCUACGUGAUAGAGAAGAGGAACAAUACCAGUAUCAACCACCACCUUUACAUUGAUGAUCUCAAACUGUAUGCUGCCAACGAAGAACAAUUGAUGAGAGAACUCAAAAUAGUAGCAUCAUUCACUGAAACCAUAAAAAUGGAAAUGGGGUUGGAUAAGUGCGCUGUAUUACACGUGAAGAGGGGAAAGCUAACAGAAGGAGAAGCAAUGAAAGUUCAAGAUCAAAAUACCAUUCAAACACUGGGACCAGAAAGAACAUACAAAUACCUAGGCAUCCAACAAGGCCUAGAAAUAAGAAACAGUGAGGUCAAAAUCAUAUUCAAGGAGAAAUUCAUAAAUAGGCUCAAGAAAAUCUUACAGAGCAAAUUAAACUCCAAAGCGAUGUUCACGUCAAUAAGCACAUUAGGGGACUCUUUAUAA